ACCGCACCGAACACUUUCGAACACACUUGUUGAUUUGCUAGUGUUUGAGUUGUAACUCUUGUGAGUCAAGACUCGUACGAGAAACUCAGCGAAAUCAGAUUUGUGCUUUGUGUUUAGAAACAAAAAAUCAGGACGAAAAUAAAACAAAAGGGAAGCGAAGUAGAUAGCCCGAGCUAGGGUUUCCUCAACUCCCGGCCAAGAGGAGAUUUAAUAAAAGAGUGAAUGGCGGAUGGUUACUGGAAUCGGCGGCAGCCAACUCCUUCGAUGCUGUCUUCGGGUGGGUUGCUUAAACGACCACGUACUGACUACGAUGCCCUACCUUCUGAACUGCAUCCGGUUCAUGAGACGCAUAAUUAUUUGGCAAGAGAUGAUGAUCGAGGUGGACAUCUGUCUGUGAAGGAUACAAAAACAAUUGGAUCAGCAUAUGAUCGUUAUCUCCAGAGCGCGCAACUUUCUUCUUUUACUUCUGGAGAAGCUAGUAAAUUUGGUGGGUUGGGAAGGGCUGUUGGUGGUGCAAUGCCUGCUCGUUCAAUAGCUGAACUUCCUGUGAUGGGUCGUUCGGGAUCUGCUCCAGAUCUGGCACCAAAUGGUCGAAAUGUCGGUUAUAGUGGUCAACUUCCACUAGAUGCAAUGUCGAGGCCAGGUCGGGAUACUGUACCUUUACCUCCAGAUGCUUCCAAUACUCUAUAUGUUGAGGGACUUCCUCCUGACAGCACAAGGAGAGAAGUGGCCCAUAUCUUUCGCCCUUUUGUUGGAUAUAAAGAAGUACGACUAGUGAGCAAAGAAUCCCGACAUCGUGGUGGAGAUCCUAUUAUCCUUUGUUUUGUUGAUUUUUCAAGUCCCGCCUGUGCUGCAACUGCAAUGAGUGCCUUGCAAGGUUAUAAAAUGGAUGAAGAUGAUCCUGAUUCUAACUACUUGAGGCUGCAGUUUUCUCGGUACCCAGGCCCAAGGUCAGGUUCUGGAACCCGUGGGAGGAGAUGGUAAAUAGGUGGGAGACUUGCUAUGGCAAUCCCACUCUAUUAAGGUUAUCAGCCUCAUUCAGAAUCAUUUGUUGCUGCAAAUCGCUGGAGAAAUGGUCCAUUCAGAUGCUGAAAAAACAAAUUGUUCCAUUCCGAGCCCCCUUGCUGAGUAUAUAUAUAAUCAUGGCUAUUACAAUCCAAGUUUCAGGGGUCAAAGUGGUUGAAGUUUGUUUCAUUGGGCCAGCAGAAUUGAUGUAGGAACUUAGAGUUUGGUCCUUUCUCUCGCUUAGCGGCGAAAAAAAAAAAACUAGAAAUAUAAUGUUGGUUUGACAGUUCCAUAAUAUAGCAUUGACACUUCAUCCUACCGGCGGCCAAUAAAUCAUACUAAUUUCGAAUUCUUCCUGGGAAUGUGAAGUUUUCAUCUUAGCUUGUUAUUGAUUCAUGUAUCCUCUAUGUUUAGUUAACUGAGUGUAUGAAUUAUUUUAAAUCUACAGCUUUCAAGCAUGGAUAGAAAUUUCAUGUCAAUUGGUCCAAAUAUUAGGACUUCACCUCUGAAGUAGGGCACUUUAGUUAGAGGGAUAAAUGAAUAUGGGGCCCAUAGGCCAUCAACAAAUUAUAAUCACCCUUUGUUUUCUUCUGGGGAAGGAAGUAAUUCGCCCAAACUCUAUCUCCCAAAGC